CUUUGAGACUUGCACGUUCUGUCUCGUUUUGCAAAAUGGUUCAGUCUUACGGCGGCACAGGGAACGAGUUGAGACAGCGCAGUGUCGACGCGUCUGCAAAGUCACUGACGACUACUGAUGAGGGCCGUAAAGUGGACCAAUUGCUCGACGAGCAUCAGACGUAUGAAUUCGGUGGACCUGCAGGAGUAACUGCAAUGAUGCUUGGCUUCCCCAUGCUCAUGUAUUAUCUCUGGAUAUGCUUGUGGUUUUAUGACGGUAAACUUGUGUACCCUGCAUCAUUUGAGGACACUGUUCCGUUCCUUGGGAGGAUGUGGGCACACAUUCGCGAUGACGCAAGCCCCAAUGCAUACGCUUGGAAAGUCUAUACCGGUCUCGUGAUCUAUCAGCUCUUCCUAGCAUUGGUCAUGCCAGGGUACCAACAAGAAGGACUUCCUGUACCUUCUCUUGGGUAUAAGACCCUCAUGUAUAACUGCAAUGCGCUCUACUCUCUCUACGCAACUAUGCUGACUGCUGCUGCUCUGCACUACUACCACAUUUUCCGUCUCACCGAAAUUAUCGACAAUUAUGGCCACAUCAUGUCCGUCGCCAUGAUUUACGGUUUCGCUGUGUCCUUUGGUAUGUAUUUCAUUACAGUUGCAGCCGGAAACGAGAUCCGCAUGUCUGGGAACUUCAUCUAUGACGUCUUCAUGGGUGCUUGUUUGAAUCCCCGUAUCGGCUCUGUUGAUCUGAAGAUGUGGGCUGAGGUUCGGAUUCCUUGGGUAAUUGUCUUCUUUUUGGCCGUGUCCGGAGGCUGCCACCAGUAUGAACAAUAUGGUUAUGUCACCCCUAACAUGGCAUUCAUGAUUCUGGCAACAUGGCUCUACCUUAAUGCAUGCGCGAAGGGCGAAGAGUGUAUCCCCCAAACGUGGGAUAUGUAUCAUGAGAAAUGGGGUUUCAUGGUCAUCUUCUGGAACUUUGCCGGCGUUCCCUUCACUUACGUGUACUCUGUGGUAUACAUGGCUUCGCACGAUCCCUCUAACUAUCAAUUCUCUACACCUACAUACGUCGUUCUUUUCACCAUUCUACUGACAGCAUACUACAUUUGGGACACCUCAAUGUCUCAAAAGAGUCGCUUCAAAAUGCAAACACAGGGCAUCACAACUUUCCGCAACACAUUCCCGCAGCUUCCGGGGGGAACCCUCAAGAAGCCUGAGUUUAUCCAGACAGCUCAUGGAAACCGCCUCCUCAUCAGUGGGUGGUGGAGAUACUCUCGCAAACCUAACUAUGUCGCCGACUGGACCAUGAGCUUCUGCUGGGGUGUUGUUAUCGGGAGUGCAACCAUCAUUCCUUACUUUUACUCGGUUUUCUUCAUCACAGUACUCAUCCAUCGCUGCGGGCGUGACUUUGAACGCUGCUCGAUCAAGUACGGUAAGGACUGGGAGCGUUAUUGUUCUAUCGUUAAAUAUAAAUUCAUACCCGGAAUCUACUGAUCUAGCAAGCUUUCGUAUAUUUAUACCCGUUUUUACCAUGUAGGUUUCUUGUAACAUACUUUGGAUCAUGAUACCCUAAACCUUCUUGUGGCAAUUUGAUUUGUUGCAUAUUCGAUGACAAAUAG